GCACAAGUUUCUGAUUGAGAAAAAUUUGUUUGAAUCAACUAUUUGUUUUUGUCACAUUUACUUCUUCACUCCGGCGUACAGUUAAAUAGAGGGUUUCACUUUGCUCAUAGUAUAAAAAUGGGUGUCCCGAAUGCCCGAAGUGAUAGUUACCGGAUGGCGACAGAAAAAAAGUCGAAGAAAAAUCUGAAGAAGGAUGACUUGAACGAACUGAAGCAGGAGCUGGAUAUGGAUGAACAUCGGAUAUCUCUUGAUGAGCUAUAUUCUCGGUUAUCUACUGAUCCACAAAAUGGCUUGACCGCUGAACAGGCGAAGACCCGUUUGGAACGCGAUGGACCAAAUGCAUUGACACCUCCAAAAACAACUCCAGAGUGGGUAAAGUUCUGCAAAACAUUGUUUGGCGGUUUCUCCUUAUUGUUGUGGAUUGGUGCUGUCCUUUGUUUUAUUGCCUUCUCAAUUGAAAGUGGCACUCACGAAGAUCCACCAAAAGAUAACCUUUACCUUGGGAUUGUAUUAUCAGUUGUCGUAGUGGUUACCGGUUGCUUUUCAUACUAUCAAGAAUCAAAGUCAUCACGUAUUAUGGAAUCGUUCAAAAAAAUGAUUCCACAGACUGCUUUAGUUAUUCGAGGUGGAGUGAAAAUUGAAGCACCAGCUGAAGCUUUGGUAGUUGGUGAUUUAAUUGAUGUUAAAUGUGGUGAUCGUGUCCCAGCAGAUAUACGAAUUAUUUCAGCUAGUUCUUUCAAGGUGGAUAAUUCAGCAUUGACUGGUGAAUCUGAACCGCAAUCACGUACAGCAGAAUAUACAAACGAAAAUCCAUUGGAAACAAAGAAUUUAGCAUUUUUCUCAACUAAUGCUGUCGAUGGUACAUGUCGUGGUAUAGUUGUUAGUACUGGUGAUCGUACUGUAAUGGGUCGUAUUGCAAAUUUAGCUUCUGGUUUACAAAUUGGUCAAACACCAAUCAAUAAAGAAAUUAAUCAUUUCAUUCAUUUAAUUACAAGUGUCGCUGUAUUUCUUGGUGUUUCAUUUUUUGUGAUUGCAUUCAUUUUGGGUUAUCAUUGGCUUGAAGCUGUCAUCUUCUUAAUUGGUAUCAUUGUAGCUAAUGUACCUGAAGGUUUAUUAGCUACUGUGACAGUAUGUUUAACAUUAACAGCUAAACGUAUGGCAAGUAAAAAUUGUCUAGUGAAAAAUUUAGAAGCUGUUGAAACACUUGGAUCAACAAGUACCAUUUGUUCUGAUAAAACUGGUACAUUAACACAAAAUCGUAUGACAAUUGCACAUAUGUGGUUUGAUAAUAAAAUAUUUGAUGCCGAUACUACUGAUGAUCAAUCAGUUGCUACAUAUGAUAAAAAUUCACCAACUUGGAUAGCAUUAGCACGUAUUGGUAUGUUAUGCAAUCGUGCUGAAUUUAAAGCUGGUGAAGAAAAUAAACCAGUUUUGAAACGUGAAUGUAAUGGUGAUGCAUCAGAAUCAGCUUUAUUAAAAUGUGUUGAAUUAUCAUUUGGUGGUGUUACAGAAUAUCGUCGUAAAAAUCCAAAAAUUGCUGAAAUUCCAUUCAAUUCUACAAAUAAAUAUCAGUUAUCCAUUCAUGAAACUAAUGAUAGUGAUGAUAGAUAUUUGCUAGUUAUGAAAGGUGCACCUGAACGUAUACUUGAUCGUUGUGGAACCAUUUUAAUUAAUGGUAAAGAAGAAAUAAUGGAUGAAACAAUGCGUGAAAAUUUCAAUAGUGCUUAUUUAGAACUUGGUGGAAUGGGUGAAAGAGUUUUAGGUUUUUGUGAUUAUCGUUUACCAUCAGAUGUUUAUAAAAAAGGUUAUCCUUUCAAUGUGGAUGAACCUAAUUUCCCUUUAACCAAUUUACGUUUUGUCGGUUUAAUGUCUAUGAUUGAUCCACCGCGUGCAGCAGUACCAGAUGCAGUUGCAAAAUGUCGAUCAGCUGGAAUUAAAGUUAUCAUGGUUACUGGUGAUCAUCCAAUUACAGCGAAAGCUAUUGCUAAAGGUGUUGGAAUAAUUUCAGAAAAUUCUAAAACUGUAGAAGAUAUUGCUGCAGAACGUGGUAUUCCAGUUCGUCAGGUUAAUCCACGUGAUGCACAAGCAUGUGUAAUACAUGGUUCAGAUUUACGUGAAAUGACUCCAGCACAAAUUGAUGAUAUAUUAAUUAAUCAUUCAGAAAUUGUAUUUGCACGUACUAGUCCACAACAAAAAUUAAUUAUAGUAGAAGGUUGUCAACGACAAGGUGCAAUUGUAGCUGUCACUGGAGAUGGUGUUAAUGAUAGUCCAGCAUUGAAACAAGCUGAUAUUGGUGUUGCAAUGGGUAUCGCUGGUAGUGAUGUUAGUAAACAAGCAGCUGAUAUGAUCUUAUUGGAUGAUAAUUUCGCAUCGAUUGUUACAGGUGUUGAAGAAGGUCGUAUUAUAUUUGAUAAUUUGAAAAAAUCCAUUGCUUACACAUUGACAUCGAAUAUUCCAGAGAUUACACCAUUUUUGGUGUAUAUUUUAGCUGAUAUUCCAUUACCAUUGGGUACAAUUACAAUUUUAUGCAUUGAUUUAGGUACUGAUAUGAUUCCAGCAAUUUCAUUGGCCUAUGAAGAAGCUGAAGCAGAUAUCAUGAAACGUAUGCCACGUGAUCCUUUACAUGAUAAAUUAGUCAAUGAACGUUUAAUUUCAAUGGCUUAUGGUCAAAUUGGUAUGAUACAAGCAUCAGGUGGUUUCUUUGUUUAUUUCGUUAUUAUGGCAGAAAAUGGUUUUUGGCCAUCACGUCUACUUGGUAUACGACGUGAAUGGGAUUCGAAAGCUAUUAACGAUUUAGCCGAUUCUUAUGGACAAGAAUGGACAUACAGUCAACGUAAACGUUUAGAAUAUACAUGUCAUACAGCAUUUUUUGCAUCUAUUGUUAUUGUACAAUGGACUGAUUUAAUGAUUUGUAAAACACGUCGUAAUUCAAUAUUUCAACAAGGCAUGUGGAAUCAUCAUUUAACAUUUGGUCUGUUCUUUGAAACAACAUUAGCAAUCUUUUUAUCGUAUUGUCCUGGUUUAGACAAAGGUCUACGUAUGAUGCCAUUAAGAUUUACAUGGUGGCUUCCAGGUUUACCAUUCAGUUUCUUGAUAUUUGUUUACGAUGAAGUACGGAAAUUUCUACUUCGAAGAUUACCGCCUGGAUCAUGGCUUGAAAGAGAAACAUAUUACUAGUUGUAGUUAUAGUAGUAAAUUCCAUCCCUCCCUCCCUCCCUUACUAUCCCUUUCUCCUCUCUCUCUCUCUGACUUUCUUACUACUCUAUUAUAAUAUAAUUCCAUUAAUUCUAAUAAUUCCAAAAGUAAUGAAUAAUAUCAAUGAGUUUGUUUGGAAUUAUUAGAAUCUUUUAAAAAAAAAAUCAACAUCAUUCUUCAAUUUUCAUUGAUAUUAAAAUUACUUUUGAAACAGUACAAGAUUUUGUGUUUUCCCUUUUCCAUCACUCAAUUUAUGCGUGUGCAUAAGUGUGUGUGCGUGUGCGUGUAUGUGUGUAUUUGUGUUUUUAUGCACUGUUGUUUGCUUAUAUUCGAUUAAUGAUGAUUGUACGUACGUAACGUGGUGGUUAGUCAGUUGAAUGAAUCACAUUGUUCUUUAUACUCUCGUCGACGUCGUCGUCGUUGUCGUCGUCGCGAUCAAAACAAUUGCAACUAGAGAAUGUCGAUCUUUUUAUUCUUCUUAUUCUUUUCUCAAUGUAGACUUCACGCAUAACAAACACACACACACAUCGCCCAUAUUAGAUUUGAUUAUAUCUAGAGUAAGAAAUGCGCCUUAUCCUGCGAUGAUGAUUUCAUUCUAUUACUUGUCUCCUAUUAUAUUCUAUUUGUACUGUCACAAUCAUCAUCAUCUUGAUCAUCAUCAACUUGAAUUAUGGCCACUACUACUAGUAGUAGUUAAGUGAUGAUAAGUAGUGUAGUUGAAAGUAGUUAAUAGUAAUAGUAAUAGUAGUAGUAGUAGUAGUGGUUAACAGUAAUGACGGUUAUAACUAUGUCUGUUCGCUCCAUAAGCUGAUGUCCACACACACAUGUUGCUUGUUCCUUCUCUCUCUCUCUCUGAGUGUGUGUGUGUGUCUAUUCUGUUCAGUACAAGUUGGUUUCUCCCUGUUUCUCUUUCAUAUUGAUUUUGUAUAGUUUGCAGUAGUUUGUUUGUUUUUCAUUUUUUCCUAUGAAUAGUAGCAAUUAAAAUAAUAACAAUUAUAAUCAUUAUUAUUAUUAUUAUUAUAAUCUAGAAAAUUGGCCUUCUCUUAUUUGUUCUUUUGAAAGCCAGUCAAUGAAGACGAUUUACUAUAUUUGUCGCUGUGACUUGAUCAAAAAUAAUGAAAAUAAAAUGUGAUUAGUUUUUGACUAAUUGUUUAUUCUAUUCUAUUCAGUUUUUUUUUAACAUCUUAUCAUCUGUCUGAUUGACCGUAACUAACCAAAACUUUGCCCUGUUUCUUCAUCAUAAUUUUUUUUUCUACUGUUGUUUUUUUCCACUGGUUUGCUUGUUUGUGUGAGUGCGUGUGUGUGCGUACUCUACAAUUUACCUAUGUAUGUAUGUGAGUGUGUGUGUAUGAUGUUUUUUCGAUUAUUUCGGUAAUAAUAAACUGUCGAUAAUUUUUACACUUGACACUGACAUACACUGAUUGUGUAUGUACUUUGUAGUAGUUUUAACUCUAUGGACAGUAGAGUUUCCAUGCUGAUCAUCACCAUCAAUAUCUUGUUCAUAGGCAUGCUCUCUCUCUUUGUCUCUCUCUUCCGCAGUUGCCCACACACACACACCCAUUCACCCGUACAGAUUAAAACAUACCUUGUGCAUUCAAUUUCAAUAGCACAAAUAGAACUUGUCAUUCAUUGAUUCAUUCAUUGGUAGAUAAUUUUGUGAUCUUUAUUGCUCUUUGUAUCCUUGUCUUGUUUCUCUCACUCUCACUCCUCUGUGUACUUGUCUUUUGAUGAUUGAUUGAUUACGCAAUAAAUCUAAUCAAUUCCCCGUUCCAUAAAAAACUAAUAAUAAUAAUAAAACAAAGUAGACAACACCCAAAAUUCCAUCACAUUGAUUUCAUUGCUCCUUCAUCAUUGAACUGAUGAUGAUGAUGAUGGUGAUUCUAUUCAUAAGAAAUCAUUUCUACAUUUUGAUUAUUUUCAGCAUAGUCAGUCAGUCAGUCAGUUAGUUAGUUAGUUAGUUAGCUAGUUAACUCACCUUCUACUCUACUAAACACAGGUUUCUUUGUCCAUGUUAUUGUUGGUGUUGUAUCAUUGCUAGUGAUGAUGCUGGCGUUUUCAAAUUCAAAAUGAUGUAAUUUUAUUUGUGUUCAAGUAUUAUUAUUAUUAUUAUUAUUAUUAAUGUUUAAUUGUUAUUCGUAAUAGUUACAAUAUGUGUGUGUAUACGUGUGUAUUUGUAUCGGCAACAGAUGCUCACGGACGAAUAUUCAUUCUGUCUCUCUCUCAUACACACACACACAUGCACACAUAUACAUACAUAUAAAUAAUACACAGAAAUAUAUUAAAAAAAAAUUACUGAUCAUCUUUUUUUUCGCACCGAUAAUCAUCAUUAAUCAGUUUGUGUUCUUUCUCGUCUGUUUUGUUUUGUUUUUUUUUAAAAAAAAGAGAAAUUAAAAACAACAGAAGAAACUAAUCACUCUCAUUAUCAAUUUUACAAUUUCUGCUAUCAUAUUUCUUCACAUUUACAAUUACAAUUGUUCUUUGUCCUAUUUUUUUCUUCUGUCUGUCCCUGAUUUUUUUCAUUUGAGUUUUUCUGUUUUGUUCUGUUCAGUUUUUUUUUGUAGGAUACUCAAAAUAAAUAGAAUUUACAAUAAUAUACAUAUACAUAUAUA